AUGUCUGCAGGCACCACCACCACAAGGUCCCAACCUGAAACGCAGCGUUUCCCUGGGAACUGCACCCUGGAGAGGGCCCUGAAGACCAUGGUGGAUGUCUUCCACCGUUACAGCAUCCGGGAGGGGGAGAUUGAUUUACUCAGCUUCCAUGACUUCAAGACCCUGAUGAACGAGCAGGCACCAAACUUCCUGCAAGUCUGUGACAGGAGCCGGCGUGGUUACCUGAAGCAGCUCUUCCAAGAGACAGACAUAAACAAGGACAAAGAGUUGACUUUUGAGGAGUUCACCAUCGUUCUGGCCAAGGUGACUGAUGAUGCCCAUCGCAUCACCCACGGGGAUGAGCGCUGUGGACCAGACAAGGAUUGA